AUGCUAUUCGGACGCCCGGAAAUUAUAGUACACUCUAUGAUGCAGAAAAUCAUCAAUCUACCUGCUCCGAAAGCGGAUCGUCUCAGUUCGUUGGUUGACUUUGCGUUGGCAGUGCGCAAUAUGGUGGCCACUGUUAAAGCCUGUGCAUUGGAAGAACAUCUAUGCAACCUGACUCUUUUGCAGAAUCUAACAGAGCGACUUCCUCCGAUGAUUCGCCUGAGUUGGGCUACUCAUCGGCAAUCUCUUCGCUUCGUGACGAUGGCCGAGUUCAGCGAUUGGUUAUACAACCUAGCGGAAGCAGCGAGCGCAGUGACAUUACCGCCAUUUUCCAGCUCUUUGGAGAGCAAGUCUCGUCGGGGACAAAAGGAGGAUGGAUUCUUAAACGCUCACACCGAAACUGAGCAGCAACUCGAGCAACACGAUGUCAGCGGUAGUUGCCUUGUUUGCAAUGGAAACUGUGAUGCAGUUGAGAGGUGCAAGAAAUUUCUUUCAUUUGGACUUUCAGUUCGUUGGGAUACGUUGAGGGAGCAUAGUCUAUGUCGCAGUUGUUUAAGUAACCAUCGCGGUCCGUGUAAAUCAAGAAAAGUAUGCGGGAAAAACGGCUGCCAGUACAAACAUCAUCGACUUUUGCACAACGAAGCCAAAGAUAAACAAGCGGUCAGUUCAAACAACGACGGUCAUCAGCAAGAAACCGAAUCAUGCAACACACAUCGAGGAGGGAAUAAAUCUGUUUUGUUCCAGUACAUUCCAGUUAUUUUGUAUCAUAAUAGUAUUGAGUUGCACACUUAUGCAUUUUUGGACAGUGGUUCUUCUUUGACAUUAAUGGAAGAGAGUUUAGCGAAAGAAUCCAAUCUGUUUGCGCUGGACGGCAGACACUUGCCGAUAUGA